UCACAUCCCGCGCCUGCAAUUUCAAAAAUGGCGGACGUUUGACCCUCUCAGCUGCCUCGCAGGGAAGCUCUCUGGCGUCGCCACUAGUAAACGGUUCACCUCUGCUACCCACGUGACUAGCAGACAGGAACAUGACCUCGACUUCUAAGCGGUAGGAUAAAAUAUUUUCGCCUGCGUGCGUGAACGCGUCGACGAGAUCAAUGGAUCAGACUAAAGAGCAAAAUGACGAUUACGGCUACAACUUGUUUCCGGAGCGAAAGAAGAGCAAGUACCAGAAAGGCUCGAUUGGGGAAAGCUUGUUCACCUUCAGCCACAAAUGUCAGAUUAUGCUGCAUGUCGCAGUGGAGACAAAUCCGUACGCAAAAGUUCUCCUCGGAGCCCUGAAGAACUCAGGCUGCGCAGUGUACAAAGACAGACAUUUCUCCUGUGAGGACUGUGACGGAACCGUUAGUGGCGGCUUUGAUGCCACAACAUCUCAAGUGAGAGGAACUGCUUCAGAACGGUCAUACGUGAUAUAUGAUCGAUCAUUGAUUGUGUUGUGUCAGAACAACAUUCACCAACAGGCUCACAUGAACAGAGUGGUCACACAUGAGCUCAUUCAUGCGUUCGAUCACUGUCGUGCACAUGUUGACUGGUUCAAUAACUUCAAGCACUUGGCUUGCUCAGAGAUUCGGGCAGCCAGUCUCAGUGGAGACUGCUCAUUCAGCAACGAAGUCGCUAGGUUUAAUUUUGGCCUUAAAAAGCACCAUCAGGAGUGUGUGCGGGACCGUGCGACACGGUCUAUCCUUGCUGUGAGGAAGAUAAGCAAAGAGGAGGCGGUGAAAACGGUCGACGAGGUGUUCGACAGCUGCUACAAUGAUCACGAACCCUUCGGCCGCAUACCACACAGUAAAAAAGACGCCAGGUUCGCCUACAGAGAUUUUGAGAACAGAGACCGAUACUAUGAAAACUUAUAGGUGUCAGUCACCAGUGUGAAUAAAGGGAAAUAUUUGACCUAAUCCAUGCAGCAUGCUAUUUUGUUAUAUAAUCCAGUUGCAUAUUUAAUUAAUUGUGAUUUGGUUCAAUGCACUGAAUAAAUUGUGAUUUUUUUUUCUAACAUACAAUGUAAUGCUUUCCUAAAUAUGUUUUAAAUAGGACGACCCAGAAUAAUAAUGGUGCCAAAAGACACCAUUUUAGAUAAUUUUUUUUGUAUUAUAUGUAAUAAAGACAACUCGUAAUUUUGCUGA